UCAUCAUCAAAACAUCAUCAUCAUAAUAAUCAACAGCAACAAAAAUCAAAAAAUAUGUGGUCAAAUAAUGAUAAUAAUUGGCGUAAUCAUUCAAAACAUCAAUAUGAUGGUAGCAAUGAUGGUAACGGUAAUCAUCAUCCACACCAUAAUCAUCAAAACAAAAAACCGAUAAUCAAGAAAAUUGAUUAUCAUAAUCGAUCAUCGAAUAAUGAUGAUAAUGAUGAAAAUAAGAAUAAAUCAACAGAAACAACAACAACAACAACAUUAUCAUCAACAUCGACCAUAGCUACAAGCACCGAACCAAUUACAAUUUAUUAUAAUGAUAAUAGUAUUUCAUUGGAAGAAAAUUUAAAACGUUUAAAAGAAACAUUAUUAUCGGAUGAAAAUAAACAAACAGAUUCUAGUCAAUCAGAAAUGCCAUAUGAAGAAUCCACUACUAUUAAUGCUACUACCAGCACUAACGAUAAUGAUAUUGAUACUGUGAUAAAAAUGGAUGAUAAUACUAUAGCUGAUACAACUACUAGCCAUGAACAAAAAUCGGAAAAAAUUCAAGUCGAUGAAAUUCAGCCAUCAACAACAGCAACUGUAUCGACACUUGUUAAAUCAAAUGAUCCAGAAGAUGUGAUUAGUGGUGGUGUACCGAUUGAAAAUCCACGAUUACCUGAAGCUGAUGCUAAUGUCCAAGCGAAAAUGGUUCGUUGUACAAUCAUAUCACAUCCGGGACAUUUUUAUAUAAAAUUUAUCAAUGCUGAUCAUGAAAGACAAUUGAAUGGAAUGAAUCAAUUUUAUUCACAAGAUGAACAUAUUGAAUUAACAUUGGAUGUAUUACAACCAGGGCAAUUUUAUGCUGCAUUACGUACAAAAGAUGAAGGAUGGAUACGUAUAAAAUUAUUACAAGCCGAAUCGAUUGAUCAGAUAACUUGUUUUCUAAUCGAUCAAGGAUGUGUAGAUAUUUUACGUUUAAAUCAAUUGCAACCAUUAUAUAGCCAAUUUCGUUCGGUACCACGGCAAUCGAUUCGUGUCUCAUUAUCAGGUAUACGACCACGUGAAAGUGAUGAUUGGUUACCGAAUGAAGCAUUAGAAUUUAAAAAACUUUUAGAUAAUCAAAUAUUAAAAGUUGAUUAUAUUGGUAAUGGUGAUGGUGAUGCAAAAUGGGGCCAAAUUGUUGAACCAGAUUCACAACUACAAAUACGUUUACAAUUCAAUGAUGAUCAUAAUGAUUCAAAAUUAGCUGAUCGACCAGUUGCUGAUAUUCUUAUUGAACGAAAUUUAGCUAUUGCUAAUUAGAAGAUUUUUAGAUUAGUCGAUCAAAUCGACUAAAACAAAAAACAAAAAACUGUGUCCUUAAUAUAUUUUUUUG